GAAGAGUUCAGCUGACUGUGUUUAACUCGCUCGUUCUGUUCUGACGCGAGCGCUCGCGGAGGGACGUCAGCCAUGGCGACACAUUUUGUGAUCUGUCUUGUUGCCUGGCGAUAAAUAAAAUGGAGUCGGAGAUCGCCUUUAAAAGCUUUCACUCUGUCAGCCAUGUUGGCUCAAAACGAACUGUCAUAUGAUGUCUAGAGGGGGCCAACCUUGAUCCAACAUGUCGUCAGCGGCGUCCUAACCCGAGUUAAGGACGUGACAGACUUUAUCCCGCGCCUGAGAUCUGUGACGCAGUUGCGGCGGACCCGGACCGACCGUCAGAGCUCGAGCUCGGAGCGGCAGCGGCGGGAGAGAAGUCGUCGCUUCUCCUGCUGCUAUUCAGCACACUGCGUAGGGUUACAGCAGGUUGAGCCUGGAACCAGCUGUCCUCCAAGAUGAACCCUUAUGAAUGAAAGUGAGCCUGUUCAGUAAGCUGUUAGCUUCCAGCGGUCAAAGCCAUGCCUGAAGAUUAGAGCCUCCUCUUGCUUACAGCAAUACGAAUAUACAGAAGAUCCUACAUGACUCUUCAUGUAGACCUUCCUGUGUUUGUCUUGCUGGAUUGAGUCCUUCCUCCCCUACUAUAAUAUCAGCUCUGUCCCUUUCAUACCGCUCCCUCUUGCACUUUCAUGUCCACCUGGCAACAUGUGUCUUCAUUUGAGAAUGGCUCCAACCUAGUCUCAUGCGUCCAAUGAGUGGAGAGUCAGACGGCCCUGCUCCUGAAAGAGUCUCGCGGGCCUUCUCUUUGUCAGGCCCUGUGUCCUCCUCAGAGAUGUCCUCACUGCAGUCACUAGGGCCAGUGCAGAGCUGGCUGGGUCAGGAGCUGGAGAAAUGUGGCAUAGAUGCCAUGAUCUACACCCGCUAUGUCCUUAGCCUGCUACUGCAUGACAGCUAUGACUAUGACCUGCAGGACCAGGAAAAUGACAUCUUCUUGGGCUGGGAGAAGGGAACAGGGAAGAAAUGGGGGAAGAGCAAGAGGAAGGGAGGGACUGACCUUAGUCUUGAAGAGAUGAAGAAACAAGCUGCUGUGCAAUGUUUGCGUUCAGCAUCUGAUGAAAAUUCUGGAAUUGAAAGCUUGGUUGAAGAGCUAUGCUCUAAGCUCAAGGAUAUUCAAAACAAACAGAAAGAAAAAGAAAAGCAAGUAAGUAAAAAAUCUGAUAUAUCUCAGUCUCCUGAACCAGACGAAUCAUUUUCUUCUAAGGACCAGGUUGAGAUGUACUAUGAAGCUUUCCCACCUCUCUCAGAAAAAUCUGUUUGUCUCCAAGAAAUUAUGACUGUGUGGAACAAAGCUAAAGCCUGCACAUAUUCCAGCUCAUCAUCAUCUGCUGUCCCUCAAACAAGCACAGACACAUCCUCUCCAAAAGACUGCACCAGUGAAGGUGAAGCUUUUAAAGACCGAACAGUUGAUGCACCCAGUUCCACCACCACAAUCAGCGAGAGGGCCCAGCAGCGACGCACUAAGAGGGAGAAGGAAAACCAAUUCCAUGGAAGCGCAACAGGGGUGACUGACGACCAGGUUCCUCCUCAUUGUAAGCGGCAGGUGAAACACCGGUCUGAGGGGAGGUUCCGUCCCAGAUCGUGGUCCUCUGGCUCUAGUGAGGCUGGCUCAAGCUCCAGUGGUAACCAGGGUGAACAGACCCCUAGUUGCAAAGCAGUCCGCAUAAGACACAAGUCUCGAGAGAUCAGCAGCAGAAACAAAAGAGGCCGCAGUGGGGGCGGACAGGUCAAACUGGCCCUUAAAGUCAUCGACAAAGAAGAGCGGAAAAAUGCACGAAGCAACAUCAGUACCACCGGAGGCCUAUCUAAACAACAGCAGCACUACAUGAAAAAAGGCAAACGACCUCUGAGGGAGAUCCGCAAAGAUGCUAAUCUGGUUGAGGCACAGGAGUCAGGAGGAGAGGCCAAAAGAAAGGAAUAUAUGGAGGAGCCACUUUGGUACACAGAGCCCAUCUCGGAGUACUUUGUCCCUCUCAGUAGAAGUAAAUUGGAGACAAAGUAUCGGAGUAAAGAAGACUCUUCCAAUGACUUGGCUAUGUCCAUUGAUGUGGACUGUCUGUCAGAGAGAAUUCAAGGAAUCUGCAUUGCAAAUUCAUGUUUUCAAAGGGCAUACCUUGCAGCAGGCACUUUUGUGGAUGGCCACUUCAUUGAAGUGUCUGGCGAAGGUGACGAAGAUGCUCCUGAACUGAAUGGGUUUCCAAGCUGCCCUCCUCCUGAAGAUGGUCAAAAUUUAGAUGACAAGCAUCUGUCUGAAUUCACUCACUUCUAUGAAGUUGAUCUUUAUCAAUCCAUAUUGGAUCCUAGUGCCUCAGAUGCGGUACAAGAAAGCCGAAUCCUGAACAUGAUUCGGCAGAAGAGCAUUGAGCGAAAACACUUUGAAGCAGGAUGUGUAGUUUUAGAUGGCCUUGAGCUGCAAGGGGAAAGUGCAAUAAAGGUUGAUUCUCUGGGAGCCUCAGAAGCAGAUGUUUCUAUAACACAAGAUAUGGAAAAUAUUGCCCAAGUGUGGGAGUGCUGUUCAUCCUCGAGCUUGGAAGAUUUGGAAGGGGAAAGCUGUCCGGGUGACUCUCCAGUCAGGCUCUCCCCAGUGUUGAACAGUGUUCCAUUUAACUUUAGAAAACUGUCUGGAGCUUUUGUAGGGCCUCAUCUCCAAGAAGCCAGCAGUAGCAUCUCUGCCCUAAACUCCUGUUUUCCACUUUUUGAGUUGCAAUACGAUAGCCCUUCCUUUUCUUUUCCCUGCGACACACUCAUGGAGGGACAGGACAACUUAGAUUCAAGUAGCUGUUUAGAUCCACAAGGAAACAAACAAUCCCGUUUGCUAAUUUGGACCAAAAACAGUGCCUUUGAUGAAACGGAACACUGCUCUAACUUAUCAACGAGGACCUGUAGUCCCUGGUCCCACUCAGAGGAGACCCGGUCAGAUAGUGAACAGAUCAGUGCUCUAGCAGAUGAUUCAGCUCAGUUUGGCAGUGAUGAGGUCAGCUGUAUCUCCCUUAUCCCACCUUUAUGCCUAGAAGAAGAGCUUUUAGAUUUCUUUCAAGAGAACUCCAGUCACCAGCAGGAAGAAACGAGUGUAGGCACAGAAUCCAACCAGCCCUUCAAUAAAAAAUCGAAAUUGGAGUCUGUUUGUGGCAUAGCAUUAGAGCAGGAUGAGAGUAAACUCUAUAAUGCUGUUGUGUUUUCAGAUGUCCCAAAUCAACAAAGUGAUGAAUACACCUCAGGGAUAAUAAAAGACAUUUGGAUGGCUAUUGGGGACAGAGACUGUGUCUUAACACUCGGGGUAAAGAAUACAGGGGAGCACUUGUUUCCAGAGGAGGCUACCGGCUACCAAUGCAGCUGUCUUGACAAGGAUGUAAAAAGUGAAAUUCAAAAGAAAGCUGUGCAAUGUUCUGAGUAUCAUCUAUGGGAUGGGCAGAAGGAGGUCCAGGGACUUCAUAAAAACAAGCUCUCUAAAAUGAAUGAUGGGGAUUACACAACGCCGGCCAAGCCCUGGAAUUGUAAUUCACAGGACAGCACCUCCUUUAUCCUUGGUGGGGUUUAUGGAGAACUGAAGAGUCUAAGCGGUGACAGAGAAUGGGCUAUGAUUCCACCUGGUGAUGCUUGUGGUAGUUUGUUGCAGUGUGCAGCAGCCACAUCCUCUGACAUGGUAACCAUUGCAGGAGCGGAUGUGUUCAUGAACACAAGCAAUUGCUUUGCUCCUGGCCACAAGCCAUUGUGGAGACCUCUUGUGUCCCUUGGUCAAAAUGAGCAGGCUACCAAGGGAACAGGGGAUGGUUUAAAUAAGGGAUUUUCUGUUGUCUUCCAUGAAGAUUUACUGGGAUCAUGCGGAGGCUUCCGUGGAGAAGAGUCAGGACUGGAUUACCCGUUUUCAUCCUUUGAUUUGAACAACCCUUUUUCCCAGGUCCUGCAUGUGGAGUGCUCCUUUGAGCCAGAGGAUAUGGCCUCUUUCAGCCCGGGAUUUAAGCCAAAAUCCAUAUUAUGCUCUGACAAUGAGCCCUUUUGCCCUUGGUUAUAUGGCAUCAAGCGGACUCAGUAUCGGGCCAUUCGAAUUUCCCCAAGGACUCAUUUCCGGCCAAUAUCUGCCUCUGAACUUUCUCCAGGUGGUUGCAGUGAGUCAGAUGUAGAGUCUGAGAAAGAGGAAGCAAGUCUUCCAGUUGGUCAAGCAGACCUCUUUGAUGACCCACAGGCUGACCUCAAGCCUCUCGAGGAGGACGCUGAGUGCGAGGGCCCUUACUACGGAAAAUCGGAGCUGGAGUCUGGGAAGUUCCUACCCAGAUUAAAGAAGUCUGGCAUGGAGAAGAGUGCCCAGACGUCGCUCGAUUCACAGGAGGGUGGAAGCACCCUUCUGCCGAUUACUGAACAAGAGAUUUGCGUACAUUGUGAGACGGCAGCAGUUUCUGUGCCAUGUUCUCAUGUGCAGUCCUCUGUUCUUCAGCAAGAGGAAUCUAGCAGGGAGACAGAGGCUUGCAAAUGCGCUGCAACUGAUCAGAUUCCAAAAAGUGAAAAGUUGCUUGAUGUUGCUCAAGAUAUGCAUGAGGAAGCAGUAAUGUAUGAUUCUUCUGCUGAGUGUGGAGGCAUACCAAUGCUAAUUUCCUCCUAUCACUUUCAACCAAAACCCAGAGGAGGGAUAGGAGGACCCUUACCAGAACAGUGACCCCAGGGCCCGCAGUGGGCUCUGUCUUACCACACUGUCCUAAGCCCUGUUAUUCCUCAGUCAAUUCAUCUAAAAUGGCGUAUCACCAAGAUGAAAGCAUAAAGAGAGGAAAACAUGGCAAUAGGUUGAACGUACAGUUAGAGGAUUCUGGUCAACAGCAUUUAUUAUAGGCUUGUUUUCAGUCUGUUAAUUUCUAGGUUGAUCAAUUUUGAAAAGAAUAAAAAAGGCAUAGUUAAGCAUUAAGAUUGUUCUUUAAUUUACCCCUUAUAGAUUUUAGCUUCACUUUUAUGUUUGAUCUAGGAUACACUAUAACUGUGGUCCUGCUGAUUGUGCAUGUGCUUGUGAACCUAGUCUCAGUCCUUCUAAUAGUCAAAGUUUCUGUGACCGAACUAUGAAUACUCAGAAGUCAGGUUGAAAGCGCUACAAUUGCGACACCCCCUUCCCUAAUCAGAUCAUUUACCGUUUUGCUUAUUUUUCCUUUUAAAUGACUUGUAGAGGAUAGAGUUGUGUGAGGUUUGGUGUGUUGAAAGAAAAAGUGCCCCCCCCCCCACUUUUGUUUUGUCACAUCAAUUGUUGGUUUGUUUCCUUUUAGUUCAAUGCUGCUUUGAAAGCAUCUUAAAGAAAUAAAGCAGAGUAAUAUGUUGAAGGUGUAAUAAUAGAAUAAACAAAAAAACAAACAAUUAAAACAGAAGCCUCAAUGAAGAAAUAACCCUCUUGUCCUUGAAAUUCGAAGUUGGUUUCUUAGCUUGAGUUUCCCUUUUAAUACAGCCAUUGUGAUAAAUGUGUAACAAUUUCCUAGGUUAUUUUGUCCACUUCAGGUUAUUUUUUUAUUUAAUUUUUUUAUGCAUUUGUCAGAUAGCUUGAUUUGCAAAGUCACCUUUCAUAAAAGUACAUUUUGGAGAGAGUCGUAGUUUCAAAGGACAGUUUACAUUUUCCUGAAUAAAAGUAUAGCAAAAUAUCUGGAAACAUGUGAAAUAUAAAUGCUGCAGAUAAAGGGUACAAGGAAAUUAAAAAAAAAUUUGGGGGGGUGGAAUAGGUAACUGAAUAUUUUGACCCAACUAUACAAUUUCACGUAUGUUGUUUCUGUCUUUAAAACUAUACAGUCUACACCAUACAGUUGAUCGUAUCUAUCAGUUUGAUAUUGUAGACAUAAUUUUGUGUUGUUUCUUUAAGUUUAGUGUAAAGUUUACGUAUUUCAGUGAAAUUUCUUCCCCUUCUUUACACCACAAAAUUGUGACUACUGAUUAUUUGUAAUAUGGAUUCAUUGUUUUAUUUUAUUUUUUAUUUAUUUUAUUUUUUUUGUUGUUGGUUUGUUUUAUUGACUUAAAAAGAAUUGAGUGUUUCCAGUAAUGGUAGUUGAUUGCUUGAAGGUUGAUUUUUUUUUUUUUUUUUCUCUUUCUCUUCUUCAAGUACUUUCCUUCUACUUGUUUCAGAAAUAUGUGGCUUUUUCACCUUGUGCUGAUGCAUCAUCCUGAAGAGGGGUGUAUAAAAGCAAUAUAGUAUUUUGGCACACCAUAACCCUACAACCUUACAAUAUUAAUGUAUGUUUGUUAAAAAAAAAUAUACAUGGGUUUAUUUGUGACAUUUGUCCCACACUGCAUUAGGCCCAAAUUACUUUUCCUACAAAGUUUGAUAAGUUGCUUGCCUAUAUAAUUUCUUUUGUGGCUUUGGAGUGAGAGGUGGUAGGGAUAUGGUGUUCAUAAUUCUAAAUCCUGUCCAUCGUAAAUUUCAUUUUUGCUCUAAUACCAUCUUAUCCAUACACUUUUGUGUCUUCACUCUAAUGGAUGUGUAGCUUACAAUCUGCUAGCUUAAAUCUAACCUGGAUGGGUAUUUCCCCCUCUUUCAUUCAGGUUUUUUUUUUUUUUUUUUUUUUUUUAAUUAUGAUGUGUAUGCUACAUCAACAGAGUGUAAAAUGCUACGAUGUGUGAAAUUUGGCAACACUUUUUCUUUUUCAGAGCACCCCUGAUGCUUUUUUUUCCUUGAAAAAUGUGUGCAUUCUUUUUCUGUACCAAUGUGGGGAAUAUAUGGUUUUAAAGCAUUACUUGUUAAAUGUUUGUAAGGGGGAAUUUGAAUAUGGCAAUGAAAUAGAAAAUGAUAUCGCCCCAUUCAUCAUUGACCAACAGAUGCCUUUGAUAAAAUUCCCUAAUUGGGCACAAGGGUUUCAUUUUCUGAACUUUAUUUGGCAUAAAAUGUCAAAUAAAGUAAAUUUAAAAAAAAAAAAAAAAAAGGAAGAAAAAAAAUGUUAAGUGUGCUUAUUCCCCUUUGCAAGUGAGAGAGUUUUUGUUGACUGCAGUCCUUACAGUAAGAUCUAUAGAGUAUUUUUGGUAUUGGUGCUAAUAUUCAUACACUACAGCAAAGAUGUAAUCUUCAAAUUUGUGUAAGGAAAAAUGGCCACACAGUUACUCCUUCUAAAAGAUUUGUGCUUAUUUUAACAGAAACAGAUUGGGCCUUGUUCUUGAGACGAGGUCUAGACCUAAAGUUUGUUAAAGUGUGUGAUCCAGGACUGUAGACCAUAACCUUGGAGAGAUGAUUUUGUGUGACCCCGUUUGAAACCGUUUGUGUUUCCCCACAUUAUUUGCUCAUUGUGGUUGUGGGAGUUUGAUUAUUGUUUUUUCAGAGAUCAUAAAUAAAAUGUAUAGUGGUAGAAAGCGA